AUGUCGAAAUCCAUGAGCACCCACCACCGCCUCCUUCUCCUCCACCUCUUCCAGGCCGCCGCCAUCCUCCUCCUCCUCCUUUUUACCCCCGCGGCCUCCGACCUCGCCUCCGACCGCGCCGCUCUCCUGGGCCUCCGAUCCGCCGUGGGCGGCCGCGUCCUCCUCUGGAACCUCUCGAGCCCCACCUGCGUGUGGCCGGGCGUCAUCUGCUCGCCGGACAACUCAUCCGUCGUCGAGCUCCACCUCCCCGGGAUGGGCCUUUCCGGCCAGCUGCCGCCCAACACCGUCUCCAACAUCACCAAUCUGAACACACUCAGCCUCCGAUACAACGCCCUAUCCGGCCCCCUCCCGCCGGACCUCUUCUCCCUCGCCUCCCUCCGCAACCUCUACCUGCAGCACAAUUUCUUCACUGGCGAAAUCCCUGCCUCGCUUUUCUCUCUCACAUCCCUCGUGCGGGUCAAUCUUGCCGAGAACAAUUUCUCCGGCCCGAUUUCCCCUUCCUUCCAGAAUCUGACCCGCCUGGGCACGCUUUACCUGCACGGCAAUCAUUUCUCUGGCCGCAUUCCCGAUCUGAAUUUGCCAGGCCUCGUUCAGUUCGAUGUGUCCAACAACAACCUCACCGGCGAGAUCCCUAGAGGGCUUUCAGAUAAACCCCGGAGCUCGUUCGCUGGGAAUGCGCUCUGCGGUCAGCCGCUUGCUUCUUGUAGGCCAAAGAAGAAACUCUCUGGCGGAGCACUUGCCGGAAUCAUAAUUGGCUCAGCAUUAGGGUUUCUUUUGAUCCUUUUGCUUAUUUUCUGCUUCUGUAGGGUGUUGGCUAGAAAGGGAUCAAGAUCCAAUAAUGAUGGAGCUGUGGCCAAGGAGAAGGAACUCGAAAUUCCAGUGCCCGAUAGUGGUGGCGGAGUAAAUGAUGACAGGCUUAGUGCAGUUUCAGCAGCAAAGGAGAAAGAGAAAGGAGAAAGCAGUUUGAUUAGUGGUGGGAAGACAAAAGGGUUGAUUUUCUUGGGGAAAAUGGGGUGGAAUUUUGAUCUGGAUGAUCUUUUGAAGGCAUCAGCCGAGGUUCUAGGGAAGGGCACGUUUGGGACGGCGUAUAAGGCCGUGACGGUAAACGGGCUGGCGGUGGUGGUGAAGAGGCUGAGGGAUGUCAGCAUGGGGGAGAAGGAGUUCAAGGAGAAAAUGGAAGAAAUUGGGAGGAUUAAUCACGAGAAUUUGGUGCCUUUGAGAGCUUAUCACUAUACUUGGGACGAGAAGCUGCUCGUCUACGAUUACUUGCCAAUGGGGAGCUUAUCUGCUUUGUUACACGGAAACAAGGGCUCCAGGCGGACCCCACUAAAUUGGGAAACCCGAGCAACCAUCGCCCUUGGGGCCGCCCGUGGCAUAGCCCACAUUCACUCGUGCGGGCCUACCGUCUCCCACGGCGACAUCAAGUCGUCCAAUGUCCUCCUCACCAAGUCCUACGAGGCCCGGGUCUCCGACUUCGGGCUGGCCCAGCUCUCCGGCCCAGCAGCAUUCCCCAACCGAUUGACGGGCUACCGUGCCCCGGAGGUGACGGACCCUCGCAAGGUGGGCCAGCGGGCUGACGUGUACAGCUUCGGGGUGCUGCUGCUGGAGCUGCUGACGGGUAAGGCUCCGGGCGGCGAGGAAGGGGUGGAUCUGCCGCGGUGGGUCCAGUCGGUGGUGCGUGAGGAGUGGACGGCUGAGGUUUUUGACCUCGAACUACUCCGUUACCAGAGUGUGGAGGAGGAUAUGGUCCAGCUCCUCCAGCUGGCGGUCGACUGCACCGCACAGUACCCUGACCGGCGGCCCAACAUGGCGGAGGUCGUGGCAAGGAUUGAGGAGAUCUGCUGCCGCCGCCUGGACCCACAGGAGAACGGUGAUGAGAUUGUGGAUGUGGCGGAGGAGGAGGUGGGGCCCGCGGUGAAUUAG